CAAACAGCAGCACUCGUUCGCGUAGAAAGAGGAGAUGCUAUACAUGUUUACGACUGUCAUCUGAGCUAUUUUGCAAAAAGGCACUAUGCUGCUGUUACCUCCCAAGCUUUCCAUAGGAGUGGCGGUCUUGCUCGCACUCUUCCAUGCUUGUGCGGUGCAGGGUGCGUCCAUCCGGCAUCACCGGCUCAGAGGAGGCGAACAGGGCGCCUACUUUGCUCCAAGCUCCGAUAUGGUUAAAGCCCUGGAGUACAUAGAAAGUCUGAAACGACGGACAGAUGGGCUGGAGAGCCCUACCGCUGACUACGACGAAGUAGACAAGUUCCGCUUCCUGGUGCAGCUCGCUUCCCUCCAGGACGAGAGCGCGCCAGAGCGCGGGGAUGACGGCUGGCUGGAGAGCAAAGCUCCGCAGUGGGUGAAAGCGAUGCUGCGAGCGAUGGACCAGGCGGGGGAGAACACCGACGCCGCUCCGCCUCCGGCCAGCCGUCCGUCCAAAAGCAGGCAAAAGCCAGCGGGCUCGGUUGGUCCCGGGGACUACGGUGGCAUGGUGAAACCGCACAAAAAGUAUCCGCUGAUGUUCGAGGAUGAGGAGAACGUUAGAGACAGCGCCUUCAAACGCGCAACGGAAGACCUGGAGGAACAGUACACCCCCCAAAGCCUUGCCAACAUGCGUUCCAUCUUCGAGGAGCUUGGAAAACUGUCCUCUAAAGACCAGAAGCGUGACGACCAGAAGUUCUACAGUAAUGACGACGAGGACGAGGAUGAUGACGAUGGCAUGUACAGGGUUAGAAAUCUUGCGUACGAGGAUGUGGCCGGGGGCGAAGACUGGGUGCCGUUGGAGGAACAGGUAGAGACGGAAGAGAUGGUCAAGGGCAGCCACGAGGAAUUUGACCGCGGUUUGGGAGACAGCGCAGAGGACGUGGAGACCCUUGAGCGCCGCGCCAGUCAAGAUCCUGACGAUGAUACGAAGCUUGUGGAUUAUUACUUGUUAAAAGUCUUGGAAAUGACCGACCAAGAGCAAAAGCGGGACAGAACCGCGGGCCAAGACAGCAAAAAGAGAUUUAUCCGACCAUCUCUCAUCGACCCGCAAGCCAUCAACAGGCUGAAAGCGAUCUCGCUGAAAACGCAGGUCCCGCCCGAUGAGCUCAUUGAGAUGCUGAUAACAGGCGAAAUCACAAAACAAGAGCGCCCAGUGGAGAGAAAACCGAUGCCUCGCUACAAAGGUAGAUUCCCCAAGUACUACAAUAGACGCCUGCCUGCCAAAUUCCCUGAUUUCAAAGCUGAGGACAUUCUUAAUCUCUUAGAUAGCCUGGGCAGUCAUAAAACACAUUACAAUAAACAAAGUCCCUACAAGACCACUGUAUCAAGAUUUGUCACACCAAGUGGUCAUCGUGGGAGCUUGAUUAUGUCAGAGAUGAAUAAAGCCCUCAACAAAAGAAAUGACGAUUACGACGACACAGUGGACGAAGAUGAGUUGGCGACGUUUCUUGCUGCAAAAGUACUGACCGAGUACCCUGACACAGAGAAUUCCAAACGCUCUCUCCAUCCUGAAGUUCAAGAGCAAUUUCCAUAUGAAUUGUAUGAAGAGGCCAUGAAGGACUAUUUUGACCAGGUAGACACCGGCAAAAGUGCGCCGGUGAAACGAGAUACCGAGGCCAAAGAAGAACAAGAGCCUAAACAGCUAAACGACGAUUCUGCCCUGGAGCCAUUAGAUCAACAGACGCCUGAGCCAGUUCAGGAGGAGGAGAAGGAACACCGUGCAAAAAUAGUGUCAGGAAUGUAGACGAGAGAAAGAAGCUGACAGCAACGAAUUUGUCCACUGGAGCGGAUAGUUAAUGUUUCAUCACAGAAAAAUAACCAGUCUGGUGGAAGUGGUAUAGUUUUACAUGGAAUUUUAAAAUAUAUCUAUUGUAAAUACAACAUAAUCCAGUGUGAGAAUAAAAUUUAUCCUAUUUUGUCGUGGUCUCUGGAUUUGUGGUUUUUAUUGUUAUAAUGUUCAGCCGAACUAAGAGAAUAUCCCCUUAUUCAUAUCUUAAUAAUACUCUCUGACUGGCUUGCUGCAAUCCUUUCCAAUGAAAAUUGGCCUCUCUAUUUCAAUAUUAGAAUAGAUAGGUUGGUGUCCUAGUCAUUUUUAAACCAUUUUUGUACGUGUUCGAAGAUGUGCGAAGACUUAAAGACAAAUAAAGCAUUACCAUUAUUUUC